GCCUCUUUGCGAGUCAACUCGUGUGCUCUGUGGCCGACACAGGUACCUCGCAGCUGAAAUAGUAUAGCUGUAUUGUAGCGGAGGACGCGGUGUGACUAACCCCCCCACCCCGGGUUCAGCUAAUGGCUUGCUUCGUAUCGCCGCACUGACGGGGGGGGAGAGUGUGUCGUCACAUUGGCGUUCAAGCCGGCGACACAGAAAUCAACUUUGUCUAUUUUUUAAUUAUUUUUUUAAUGGACACGUUUCGAGCGGCGGCGGCGGCGGUGGAGGCGGCGGCGGCGGCGGGCGGUUUGUUUCCCUUUCGUCUUUAUCUGUAGCUAGCCCCGCGUGAGCCCCCACACACUACCCGCCCCCCCCUCCGGUGUGUCCCCUGCUCGUCUGGCUCACCCGCUCCGCUCUUCCACAACCAGUCCCAUUAAGAACAGCAUGGUCAUGGCUGACAGUGGGCAGAAACCGCUGAUCCGGGGUCCGGUCAGAGUGGGCUUCUACGACAUCGAGCGCACUUUGGGAAAGGGCAAUUUCGCCGUGGUGAAGCUGGCUCGACACCGAAUAACCAAAACCGAGGUGGCCAUUAAGAUCAUCGACAAGACCCAACUGGAUGCCGUCAAUCUGGAGAAGAUCUACAGAGAAGUUCAGAUCAUGAAGAUGCUGGAUCACCCCCACAUCAUCAAGCUGUACCAGGUGAUGGAGACGAAGAACAUGCUUUACUUGGUCACGGAGUAUGCCAAGAACGGGGAAAUCUUCGACUACCUGGCGAAGCAUGGCCGUCUCAGCGAGCUGGAAGCCAGGAGGAAGUUCUGGCAGAUCCUGUCCGCGGUGGAGUAUUGUCACAACCGCAACAUUGUCCACCGGGACCUGAAGGCGGAGAAUCUGCUGCUGGAUGGCCAAAUGAAUAUCAAGAUCGCAGAUUUUGGAUUCGGGAACUUCUUCCAGCCCGGGGAGCCUCUGUCCACGUGGUGCGGCAGUCCGCCGUACGCCGCUCCCGAGGUCUUUGAGGGCCAACAGUAUGAGGGCCCACAGCUAGACAUCUGGAGUAUGGGCGUGGUGCUCUACGUGCUGGUGUGCGGCGCGUUGCCCUUCGACGGGCCCACUCUGCCGGUGCUUCGCCAAAGAGUCCUGGAAGGAAGGUUUCGCAUCCCCUACUUCAUGACUGAAGACUGUGAGCACCUGAUCCGCAGGAUGUUGGUCCUGGACCCGUCGAAGCGUCUGUCCGUGGCCCAGAUCAAGGAGCACAAGUGGAUGGCGCUGUACGCCCCCGUGCAGAGGCCCGUCCUGUACCAGCAGCCGCUGAGCGCCGAGGGCGAGGCCGGCGUGGGCGAGGCCGGCGUGGGCGAGGCCGGCGUGGGCGAGUACAGCGAGCAGGUCCUCCGCCUGAUGCACAGCCUCGGCAUCGACCAGCACAAGACGAUAGAGUCUCUCCAGAACAAAAGCUACAACCACUUUGCCGCCAUCUACUACCUGCUGGUGGAGCGGCUCAAGGCCCACCGCUGCAGCUUCCCCGUGGACCAGCGGCUCGACGCCCGCCAGCGGAGGCCCAGCACCAUCGCCGAACAGGCCGUCGUCAAGCCCACCGGCGGCUCCGCCCAGGUGGGUUUGCUCCCGCAGGGCGUCCGCCUGCUGCGCUCCCCCGCCGCCCCCCAAAGCCCCGCCGACGCCUUCACCUUCCCCCAGUCGGCGUGUCUCCUGGAGCAGAAUUUCCUGGUGGAGGACGUCAACACGCCCAAAGUGAACGGCUGUCUGCUGGACCCGCUGCCCCCCGCCACCGUCCUCCGCAAGUCGUCCACCUCGUCGCCUAGCAACAUGAUGGAGACGUCGAUCGACGAGGGCAUCGAGACCGAGGAGCCCGACGCGGACGACGAGCCGCCCCACUCGCUCUCGGCCUAUCAGACGGCGCGGUUCGGCCAGCGGCGACACACCCUCUCCGAGGUGACCAAUCAGCCGGGGCCUUCGAACCAAGGUAAAUUAUUCGCGAUCGGCCACAACCCCUCCAUGGGCAGCGUGGACUCGGACAUGGGCUACGACAUGGGCUCCAUGCAGAGCGACCUCGGCCUGUCGGACGACGCCCCGUCUCUCGGCGAAGCGGCGCCGGCCGACGGCUCCGCCCCCGCGCCGCCUUUCUUGAGCGCUCGGCCCGCCAACCCGGCGAUGGCCGUCCUGACCUCUCGGCACAGGGAGGCGCACAACCGCUCGCCCAUCAGCUUCAGGGAAGGACGGCGAGCCUCCGACACCUCGCUCACCCAAGGUCUGGUUGCGUUUCGGCAGCACCUCCAGAACUUGGCGAGGACCAAAGGCAUCCUGGAGCUGAACAAGGUCCAGAUGCUGGUGGGGCAGAUGGGGUCCGGGGAAGGGGCCUGCACGGGGCCCCUGGGACCGCAGCAGCACUUGCACAACCUCCUGGAGGGCAAGGCGUCCAAGCAGCAGGAAGGCCUCUCUUCAUACCAAGGUGGGCCGCAGCCACCGGUCCUGUCCCGCAGGCAGAGUUUAGAGACUCAGUACCUCACUCACAAACUACAGGCCAACGUUUUAGCAAACAGUCCCGCUAGCUGCCAACUUUUCUGUCAGGACACUCGAGGUUUAGAGCAACAGCUGCAGGAACACAGUGGGAUCUACUGCGCUCCCAACAGACUGAACCAGAAGAGGAUGCACCUGCAGCCGCCUCCGGGGGCCCCGGGGCUGCAGGUGUACUUCAACCAGAUGCAGAUCGCUGAGGGCUCCUACCCGCCGGGCGGCCCCGCUCUGGACCCGCUGGCGUCUCAGAGUUCUCCUCUGGGGCCCCCCCCCAUGCCCGCCGCCCACCAGGGCGGUCCUCAGGCCUCGCCGCCCUUCAGCCUGAGCCCCCUGAUGGAGCCGGGCGAGGGGGGCCUGGUUUACGUGAGCCACCACCACUACGCCCAGCACCUGCCUCCCGGACCUCACCUCCUCCUCCACCGCCACCAGCAGCAGCUCCGCCCCCCCCUGUCUCGCGACGCCUCCGCCGGCGGCCUGGGCUUCGGCUGCCCGGAGCGGCGCGCCUCGGGGCCUUCCUGCGAGGGUCUCCGCCGAGAGCGGUACGAGUUCCCGCCGGACGCCGCCUCGUCGCCCCCGCCCGCUCCGGGAGAGGCCGCGGCCGGAGCUCUGGCCGGGCCGGGCCCGCCCGAGCUGCGGGGCUCCCUCCUGGACAGCGAGAUGAUGGAGACCGUGGACUCCCAGCACGGCUUCGUCCUGGUCAACUGAAGCCGGCGGAUGGCUUGGACAGAACGCAGGAUGACGCCACGAGGACCUCCGGAGGACGGAGGGCGGCGUGAGCGGAGCGACGGGGGGGGGGGGGAGGAGACGCGUUCGCGGCGGAGACGAACUUCAUUUCGUAGUCGCGGCGAGGCGAGAGCUUCUCCCCGCUGCGCUCCUCCCUCGGCCCACUUCCCGUUCUCCCUCUCCUCCUCGCGAGGCGGGAAACGGGUCCGACGGGCGGCGCGGCGCGAGCUUCGGCCGCCGUCGUCACGCCCGGCGAGCGUCGGGAAUGAACUCGCUGCCGGGACCGUAGACGGCAGGGGGGUUGGGGGGGGGGGGGGGGUUGUAUUUAAAAUGGGACGCGGUCUACGUCCAUAGACCGGUUCUCAAAACUCUUCUGUGGAUUUUUUUUUUUUAUUAUUGGAAGAACAAAAAAGAAAACCGAUAUAAAAACGGCCCUCAUUUAUCUCGGCACCGCGGUUAUCGCCGCAGAUUCAAAGUUUUAUUUUUAUUUGGCACACUAACGCGGGACGAGGGACAACGUGACGCAACGCUAACAUGUAUAUAACUUAUGUUUGUCAUUUGCUUUGACACACGCCCAAACCGUGCAGAUUGAACUCCAUCACAGCCAUUUUUGUACUUUUAAUUCAUGGGGAAAUAAUCCGCGCGGCACGAUGCUGCAGCGACGGGCUUUCUGUGUUCACAAAUAAUAUUAUUUUUUAUAAAUUGUAACUACUGAUCGUGAUUUAUUUCUCACACUACUGAACUACUUUUUUUUUUUCCCAGCUUUCCAUCCGAUUGCACACACACACACACACACACACUUGCCAGGUGGCAACUGGCCACACGCGUCUGUUUCCCUGUUGAAUUGUGGGUAAUGCGUUUGCCUGAUAAAUGAGGGCCGUCGUCAUUUAAACGUGCGUUCGGAAGUUGUGGUGUUUUUAGAUACAGUCGAUUUUAUUCUACUUUUGUGGCAAUACUGAAGCAAUAUUAAUAUUAUUAUUAUUAUUAAUCCUUCAUGUCGAGGGGUUGUGGAGGGGAAGCCUCGCUUGUACAGCCAACUCUGAUUGUAUCCCCGGGGGGACCUGAGUCAUCGGCGGUGACAUCACUUGAGCUGAUGAUGUAACCAGGAGAUAAUCCCCCCCCCCCCUCCCUCACUCACUCGCCCUGGAGAUGCAGGGGUCUGGCCUGCAGACGUGGAGCCGGUGAGAUCAUGUUUUGUUUGCACAAUUCGCACGUCGGGUGUUCUGCGUACGGGACUUCAUUAGUCGUGAAGAAAAGAAAACAAAAGAAAAGACAAACACUGUAUUGACGUCUCCUUUUUACAUUUUUCUUUUACUUUUGAAAAACACAAACUGUGCUUCUCCCCCUCGGUGCAGUCGGAGGAGCUCUUAGAAUGAUUCUGGUUUACGUCCUCAAUGCUCCGAUCACCUGACACACUGGAUUCUGACUCGGCGCACAGAUGUAUCGAUGACGAUGACGAUGAUGAUUGAAAAAAAGAAAACUACUUUUCAUUGGAUCGACAGGACAGCGGACGUCAGAAUGUAACGGCGAGAUGAUUGGACCGUGACCUUCUGCCAGACGACCUUCGGUGACCUUUGGCUUUGACUCUUCGUUUGUUUUCGCCGAGCAGAAGUUGCCGUGCGGUUUGACUCGAAGGCUUCAGAGUUUCAGUGAAUGGUCUUAAGAUGUGGACCAACUAUUUAUUUACAGUUACAGUCCUGUACGAGAAUUAAAAGGGAAAAUCCACCCUAAAAAUGACCCCAAUAGUCCAAAAUAAUGCGUCGGCUUAUUUCGAAUUUUUAUUUUUAAAGACGUAAACAUCAUUAUUGCUGAAUAUUUGAAGUCCACUUGUGCUCUACGACUGAGUGACACUGCUGGCAAUGCACAGUUUUAUCUCUUUAAAUGUUUAGUGCAAUUUCAAUUAAUAUGACGUAUCAAGAGAACGGGCACGUUUUUAGUAAAUCGCCUUCUGGAAACCGAGAGACGCCAACGAUUUAACGACGAUGACCUCGUCGGACCAGAAUGCACCAGGGCGCCGCGACAUGCUGCCGAGCCGGUCCUGCGGUUGUUCUCGUUGCCCCUCCCUGUAGGUUCAUAAAGGCCUACGCCCUCUUGUUUACUGACGGGAACCGGCUCACGCCCAGUUCCCGGCUUGUGUUUAAAAAUGUGCUUUUAGAAAAGAGGAGCGCGAGGAGGAGCGGCGACGUGAAAUAUGUCGUCCGCGUCGUCGAGACGUGAGCGAGUCGAGAGUCACGGGGUGGAUUCUUCCUUUUUUUUUUUUUUUUCUCCUUUUUUUUAAAGCGGAGUAUUUGCUAGAGCCGCGACAGGAUGACCUGUGGAGGUUGAGAUGAGAUGUAGCCAGAGGGGAGGAAGAGGAGGAGGAGAAUCUGUAAGGAACCCCUUCUGCCUCUCUUCCCCAACACGACGGACACAAUUCUUUCAAAGAAAGACGAGACACAGUCAAACUUUAUCUGACCGUCGAAAGAGAGAAACGCUGGUCAGCUCACGACGGGCGUCCUUUUGUACAAAAUUGUGUGUGUGUGUGUGGAAUGUUUUAAAAAAGUGUUCAGUGUGCCUUUUUUUACUUUCACAUAUUUUCAAAAUGUUAGGAUUUUAAAAUCGCACUAUUGUUUCUGGUGGAACUCUUUUGAAAUCAUUUAUUUUUAUUAUAUAUUUGUUGUUUUUUGUUUUCAGAAAAGAAAGUAGAGCCAGUUUUUACAAAGGUACCAAACCAAAGUCCCUCAGAAGUUUCCCUGUACUACGACCCACCGUGUGGAGUUUUUGGAGCUUCUCUGUUUUCAGUUUUCUUUAAGUGAUUUUUAUUUUAUUAUUUUUUUCCUUGUCGGGUCAAUCGGUGUUUGCCAUUUAAAAGUAUUAUAGCAAUAUUUCUCUAGUUGAAGACUAAAGUCAUGAAGAUUCUCGUGGAUGUGUUUCCCAAGUAUCAUAAGUUCACCUCCUGCUGAUGAAAAUAAAACAUCCGAUCAAUAGAAAUCCACUUUUAUAUCGACCCUCUUUGACGUUGCAUCAGCUCACCUGCUGCUGAGAUUAUAAAAAGAAGGUUUAUGGAACAUAAAGAGUUUGGGUCGGUGGA